AUGGCUGCGACAAGAAAGUUGCAAGGUGAAAUAGAUCGGUGCCUUAAAAAAGUGACGGAAGGUGUGGAAACCUUUGAAGAUAUUUGGCAAAAAGUUCACAAUGCCACGAACAGUAAUCAGAAGGAGAAGUAUGAGGCUGAUCUCAAAAAGGAAAUCAAGAAACUUCAGAGGUUACGCGAUCAAAUUAAAAGCUGGAUCGCGUCGGGUGAAAUAAAAGAUAAGAGCACACUUCUUGACUACCGGAAGUUAAUUGAAACUCAAAUGGAAAGAUUUAAAGUUGUAGAAAGAGAGACGAAAACAAAGGCUUAUUCUAAAGAAGGUUUAGGCGCUGCACAAAAAUUGGACCCAGCUCAAAAGGAGAAGGACGAAGUUACUAAUUGGCUCGCCAAUUCUAUAGACGCUCUCAAUCUACAGAUGGAUACAUUUGAGUCAGAAAUAGAAUCGUUACAAGCAGGAAAGAAGAAAAGGAUAGACAAAGAUAAACAGGAUAGGGUGGACGAAUUAAAGGCGAAGCUCGACAAGCACCGCUACCAUAUCCGUAAAUUGGAGACAUUAUUACGUAUGCUUGAUAAUAUGUCUGUCGAGGUCAACACAAUUAAGAGGAUAAAGGAUGAUGUCGAGUAUUAUAUCGAAUCUUCGCAAGAUCCUGAUUUCGAGGAAAACGAAUAUAUUUACGAUGAUAUUAUCGGCCUCGAUGAAGUCGAAUUAUCUGGUGUUGGCAUCCCCUCAUCGGCGACAACGGAUAGCAACAACAGCAAUGAAACCGGCGGUACCCCAACGUCGACUAAUUCCUGCACUUCGCCCAUACCGUCGCCGUCGUUGAGCUCCACUAUGCAUAAUCAUUCGAGCGAUAGUUCUACAGACAAUGACAAGAAAACCAAGCCUGUGAAACCAACCGCAGUCAGGCCGCUACUGAAUACGCAAGCGAGCAUUCCAACCACGGGAAGCACUGCCACCAUAAAAUCGAACAUGCUAUCGAGCAGCACUCCAAGCAAAACCAUUCCCAUGACACCUAGCCAUAGCUCGCCUAGUUCUACGAGCAAUCACAUUGCCACGACUAACGCCGGCAAUUUCGCCACUGUAGCUGCCUCGCACAGCAAUUCGCAAGCCAUCCAUUCUACCUCGAACAAAACAUCCAUUCACAACAGCGAAAACAAUAUCUUAUCGUCAUCGUCUACGUCCAGCGUUACGUCGAGUGUGCCGCAAACGGUCGCGCAACAACAACACAAUAAUAAUCCAGCGCCGACACAGACGACGCAUGUGUUGCAUAGCCAGCAGAGUCAGAAUCACAACAGCGAAACCGAGAUGACUACGCCGGUACCGCCAUCCUCGUCUCCGCAAUCGUCGGUCAGCAGUAGAUCCUCGCCGAUGCCCGCAAACUCCUGCUCGCCAGCACCGUCCACUGCCAAUGGUCUCAUCCCUAAGCUUCCCGAUGGAAGCAUGUCCUCUCUAAAAUCCAUUGCCCAACAAGUAAUUGUCCGAGCAGGUCUUGAGAUACCACCUUCCGAGCCGAACCGAAACAUCUUUGACAGUGCUAAGACGAGCAACAGUAGCAACAGCAACGCCACGUCAGAAGCACACAUUCCUCCGCUGCUUGGAGUCGCGCCCCUGGGACCCGUGCCGUUACAGAAGGAGCAUCAGCUGCAGUUCCAAAUGAUGGAAGCCGCCUACUAUCAUAUGCCACAUCCGUCUGACUCGGAAAGAUUACGAUCGUAUCUACCGAGAAAUACCUGUACCACUCCACCUUAUUAUCAGCAGGUUCAGCUUCCCCAUUCGGAUACUGUGGAGUUCUUCCAACGUCUUUCUACAGAAACUUUGUUCUUUAUAUUUUAUUAUAUGGAAGGAUCUAAAGGGCAGUAUUUGGCAGCAAAAGCUCUGAAGAAACAAAGUUGGAGGUUUCAUACGAAAUAUAUGAUGUGGUUCCAGAGGCAUGAGGAACCGAAAGUUAUUAACGAAGAAUACGAGCAGGGAACAUACAUCUAUUUUGACUACGAAAAAUGGGGGCAGAGGAAAAAAGAAGGAUUUACUUUCGAAUACAAGUACUUAGAGGACAGAGACCUGAACUAAUAGUUCUGUUGAGUCUUCGAAAUACGCCGUUUUUGUACCGGUAUUGUGUUAUCUGAACUUUCGCAGAAGAUAAUUACGUUCGGUAUAAAAUCGGUAGUUUAAUAUUAAAAAAAUCAGUUAAUAAAAAGAAGAACAAAUUCGUGCAUAGAAGUCAAUGAAAGCAUUUCAUUACAUUUCGAUGCUGCGACGACAAAAUUUUUCUUAAGCCUUUUUUCAAUGAAAGAUAGGUCAAAAGGGAAAAAAGAGUGAAAAAAAGAAACAAGAUUGUAUGGGAAUUAAAUCGUAAUUAUUGUAAAUGAUAACGAGGAACCCGGAGAGAAAAAGAAUUAAAGGAAAAAUGAAGAAGAAAGCACUGCAGAAACACGUGGAAUGAUUCAGUGUGCUGUGUGAUAAUGGAGAAAGAAUGAAAGAGUGCGCGCGCGAGAGAGAGAGAGAGAGAGAAAGGACGAUGUACUUGCUGGCGACUGACUCUGUAAUACCAGUACAAACAUGCGUGCGACCCGUCUGCCGUCUGGCGAUAAGGUGGAGGGGCGCUCAUGCUAUGGUACGUCUUAAUGUUAGAUUAUAAGUAGCCUUUUUGUAUAAAGUGUAUCGAGGUAUAAAACCCUUAAAUUGAAUUAAUGUACAGAAUGUGUAGAAAUAGUGAAUAAUAAUAUUAUGGAAUAUAUUUUAUUUCUCAUUUGAAUGAAACCUAAGUUGUUUCGAUUUUUGUCAUGCACUAGCACAUCAUCUCAACCUUUACUACGUUUGGAAGAAAACAUUCCAUCCAUCGUGAUUAGACCGCUUUCGAAAUAGGUUACUUAUAUGUGUUCUAACGAUUGAUAAGGCCGAGGCUCGUCGUCGAAUUUUUAAGAUUGUACCGCGUAUUAUUAACGGUAGCGUGCUAGGCUAAGCUUUUCAUGCUACGCACUUUAUCCUCAAAUUACAAGCAUUUCAACAAGUUUACUAACUCAUCGUGUGAGACGCUAUCGAUAUGCAUGUGCGUAUCUGUUUUAUCAAAUCACAGAAAGAGAAGGUCAUACUGUGCGAAUUUAUUUAUUAUAAACUGUCAGUAUUGCCGUAGUAAUAUUCUAGCGCGUACAUUAAUAUCCGAAUAAAUUGCUGAUACUAUAAUAAUUAUUAUAAAAUGAAAUGACAUUGUGUAAUUUUUUAUAAUCUGGAAAAGGUACAAGAAGAAAAGAUAUUGCUCUAUUCAAUAUUAAAUUUUCUCACAUUGAGAAUAAUAAUAAUUAUUUUAAAAAAUGUCAAAAUACUUGACAACACAGAUUUUUAUCAGGUAUUAUUAACCAUGCUGUAAGGAUAGUAUCGGCAUUUAAAAUAAAUAAUCUCGCACAGGACCGUCACAUCGCCAGAUCAAAGUGACUUUUGUUUUAUGGACGUGUCAUUCAUUAUCGCAAGAACCUUCAACAACGAGAUUAGAAAUAUAUCCCUUUCCCUAGUAAUAAAAACUAUAAGUUGAGAUUCUCAUACAAUUAUUUAGCGGGUUAGAGAAAAACGAAAUUUAAUGACCGAAUAAAGCGUAGCGUAUACAUAUACUCUAAGCAGAUACUCUUGUUGCAGAGAUUGCGGCGAUCUCGAUAUCUAUUAUUUGCAUGACAAAAUCAGCUGAUCACGCAUUUUUCAAAUUUACUUCAGAUAAUCGAAAAGACUAAAAAUUAUACAAUUGUAAAAAAAAGAACAGUGAAACACGUCGCGAUAAAAUUGUUGUGCAAGAUUUACAGCAUACGGUUGUACGAAUUAUCUCUUAAUGUCGUCACGAGAUCGACACGAUCGCGUUCGAAACACGUUUGUGUGUGUUGCUGAUGAUUUUACCGAGUACUUGCUUGCACAAAAUGUUUGUUAACAAGCUUGCAUCGCAUUGAUAACAACUGAGUUAAAUGCGUAUACCGCAGUUUGAAAUUGCAGCAUUUUAAUUAGCGCUUUUUACAAACAAGCAACAUUGGCAGAGCAUUAAAAGAUAUUCAACGAAAUGCACGUUUAUAUUUGUUGUAACCUGCGCGAUACGUGAUUACGUGCGCCGCUAAGCGGUUAAAGAAAAAAAGCACGAAAAAUAAUGAGGAUCUAUUGCCACUUUAUACAAUAAUCUCCUAGCAAUUAGACGACGCAUCGUAGUUGUAAAUUCAAAGGAACGCUUACCGUGUUUCUUGUACCGUAUUUUGUACUACAAAAACUUGUACAAUGAAUUACUGAUUUUCUAUAGAGAUUUGACGAAAAACAAUCAAUUAUCAAUUUUACAAUAGUGUAAAAGCUGUAUAUAUAAUGAUUGUUAUAACACUAGUUAUAACAUUUUCUGCCGUAGGGACGAACGUGCUUUCCUUUGUCUGCAUUUCUACUUGUAAACGGGAUGUUCUGCUUAUGUGAUAACACUCAAAUAGAAACGUGCAAGUGAAAAGAAGACCUCCGUUUGUUAUAUAAUAACAAAUUUUGUCUUCGAUGCUCCGAAAUUAAUUUCCUCCCUAACGCGUUUAUCGCAAAUGAUAAAAAAUUGUGAUUUUACUUAAUAAUAUAUUUUAUUGUGAUUAUUUGAGUGAUAUUUAAAUACCAUACUGCUUUGUGCAAAGACUUCAAGUUAUUAAAAUACAGUACUAAUUUCUUCAAUAUAA